AUGCCACCUUCUCGUUCGACAAAAGAUCCAGUCAGAUUUGACCCAUCAACCACCGAGUUGCUUCCCCAUCGCGCCCGGACUAAACAGCCAGCUGAAGUCAUCGUCAUCUCUUCCGAUGAAGACGACAACGACGACGAGGUUAUUGUUGUAUCUUCCGACGAUGACUACGAUAACGCGGAUACCAAAGUUGUGUCGCAGAAUACCCAGAGAUCCAAGAAAGCUACACCAGUAUCGCGCGUAUCAACUCACAAGACACGGACCACUCCAAAGACACGGACCACUCCAAAGACACAAACCACUCCAAAGACACAAACCACUCCAAAGACACAAACCACUCCAAAGACACAUACCACUUCAAAGAAAUGCGCUGCCCCCGCCUCUACCAGGCAACGGCCAGCCACUGUCGCAAGAAUUCUCGCUGGCGAUUUUGGUGACCCAAAAACGUGGACGUUUGGCCUGCCGGAACGCAACUUCAUGGAUAUCGAGAAGGUGGUGGAAGAAACGCGUCCUUACCUGAAGGAUCCCAAGGUGCACGGGGCUCAUCCUAAUAAGAACGAUCGCACUGUUCGUUACACACACGUCGAGCGGUAUCCUGGCGGUCCUAUCUGGUUCACCAUCCGUUGGUGGGACGGAAAAAAUCUCGGCAACUUUUUCGAUUUAGUCGAUGUCGCAACCCAGAAGCUCUUCCUUCCACAUCGUGAUCUCCCCGAUCUCUUCGUCCAGGUCGAGUUCCUGGGUGGCAUGAUGCCCGUAUGCACCAUGGAAGAGGCCAUGCGUCGUUCUCGAGGAGUGAAGAAGAUCCCUGGUGCGAAUGACGACGAACGGUACAAUGCUCCUGCGGGCGCUCGGACGUUGUUUUCGAGGGUUCUACCAAAUGGGAAGAGAGUGCCCGUUGCGGACGUCUAUUCUCCUCGAUUCCGCCAACCUGCGCCCUUAGGGCCACAGCCUCCAACACUCUCGCCCUUCGAUCCUUGA